AUGGAUUUUUCAUACAACAUAGAUGCACGGAGAGGUGCUUGGGCAGAUGAAGAUAUAGAUGAUUUUGAGCCAUCUUUUGAUCAUCCAUUAAAAGGGUUUGAAUCUAAGCCAGACAAGGAUGGUAUUAAACAUGUAAUAAGUUAUAUAAAGGAUAGUAAAGGAGCCACUGUGAAGAUAACAAAAAAGGUUAGGGAAAUUAGAAACAUUAGGAAGAUUAAUAUGAAUAUAGUCCGUAGACGUCAAAUUAUGGAAGAGAAGUUGGGGAAAAAGUAUAAUUCUGAUAUGGAGAUGCCUAAGUUAGGUGAUGAAAUUUCAAUUGAAUUAUCUAAAAAUGCCGACUUUGAUAGUCUGAAUGAAAAGGAGAGUGAUGCAGACUAUUAUUUUAUGGACUUGCCAACAUUUAACAGUAACAAGGCAAGUAAUUUUAAGAAAUUAAUGAAUUCUGGGUUUGUAUCAAAUGAAGAUCCUAUAGAGAAGAUUACUUAUGGUCAAAUUGGCUUAGGGCGUGAGGGUAGCUUGAUAUCAUCUGCUGGGCCAAAUACCGGAAAUAAUUUAGCUGUAGGAGUCUUAACUUCUAGUAGUAAUGUACAAGGUACAUCAUCAGGUGUUGGACUAAAUACUAACGAAAGUGAGAAAGCUAGAUAUCAGCCUCCAUUUUUACGUGGAGGAUCUUCUUCAUCUUAUGAUAGGAAUGUAAGCUUGCAAUCAUCACACAGAGAUGACUGUACUGUUCGCGUCGCAAAUCUAUCUGAGGAUGCAACUGAAGACGAUCUCCAGGAGCUUUUUAAGACUGCUGGAAGAGUUGUGAAGGUAUUCCUUGCUAAAAAUAAGAAUAACACAAAAAAUACUAAAGGUUUUGCCUUUAUAACCUAUUCUAAGAGAGAAGAAGCUCAAAAUGCUAUAAGGAAGCUUAAUCGUCAUGGUUACGAUAACUUGUUACUCAAUGUAGAGUGGGCUAGAACAAAAGAUAAGUAG